UCCAUAAAAAAAAAAUCAUUAUUAAUAUGGCUAGUAGAACAAUGACGAUUCAGCUGGUUUUUCUUCUAAUAACUAGCCUCUUUGCUUCUUUUGUAUUGCUCGUUCAUGGUGAAGAUCCUUACCUCUUCUUCACAUGGAAAGUCACUUAUGGCACGGCCUCUCCUUUAGGACAUCCUCAACAAGUCAUCCUCAUCAAUGGUCUUUUCCCAGGGCCUGUCCUAAACUCAACCACUAAUAACAAUAUCGUACUCAAUGUCUUUAACCAACUCGAUGAACCUCUUCUCUUAGCCUGGAAUGGCGUUCAACAGCGAAGAAACUCAUGGGCCGAAGGAACUCCGGGCGCUCAAUGUCCUAUCCCUCCUGGUACAAACUACACUUACCAUUUUCAAAUGAAAGACCAGAUUGGAAGCUAUUACUAUUAUCCCACUCUAGGGUUACAGAGAGCAGCUGGUGGAUUUGGUGGUAUCACCAUUCACAGCAGGCCGUUGAUUCCAAUCCCAUAUGAUCGUCCUGAAGCCGAGUUCACCGUUUUGAUCUUUGAUUGGUAUACACAGAGCCAUAAGGAUUUGCAGAAGAUGUUGGAUGAUGGUCAUGGACUUGACAGACCUAAUGGUGUGUUGAUCAAUGGGAAAACAGCAAAAGGUGAUGGAAAGGACAAGCCAAUGUUCGUGAUGAAACCUGGGAAGACGUACAAAUAUAGAAUCUGUAAUACUGGUUUGAGAGAGACACUCAACUUUAGGAUUCAAGAUCAUCGCAUGAAGCUUGCGGAAUUGGAAGGGUCUCAUACGAUGCAGACCUUUUAUGAUUCAAUUGACGUUCAUGUUGGACAAUGCUAUGGUGUUCUUGUGACUGCUGAUAAUAAGGAGCAUAGAGAUUACGUCAUGUUGGCCUCCACUAGAAACAUCCACGCAAAUCCUCAUCUUGUCGGUAAGGAUACGAUUGUUCUCACCGGUAAGGCGAUCAUUCGAUAUGUUGGCGGUCACGGUCCUCCACCGGUGAAGCUUCCAGAAGCACCUGUUGACAUGCAAUGGUCGGUGGAUCAGUUCAAGUCGUUUAGAUGGAACCUGAGUUCCAAUGCUGCAAGGCCUAACAUUCAGGGCUCAUACAAGUACGGUCAGAUUCCGAUAAGCCGAACAAUCAAGUUGGCGAACACGGUGGGGAAGGCGCAAAACAAGCUUCGUUAUGCCAUCAAUGGAGUCUCACAUGUUGAUCCUGAGACUCCUCUCAAGUUGGCUGAGUACUUUGGAGUUGCAAACAAGGUGUUUAAGUAUAACAUAAUGACUGAUAAUCCGCCAGCCAAGAGAGCGAAGAUCAUUGAGGAACCAAAUGUCAUCAACAUUACGUAUCGUAGCUUCGUUGAGAUCAUUUUUGAGAACCAUGAAGAUAGUAUGCAAUCUUUUAACUUGGAUGGUUACUCCUUCUUCGCAGUUGGAACAGAGCCAGGCGUGUGGACUCUAGAGAAAAGGAAGAGCUACAACCUUCUUGAUGCAGUCAGCAGACACACAGUGCCAGUGUUCCCUAACCAUUGGACAGCCAUACUCUUAACAUUUGACAAUGUUGGAAUGUGGAACUUAAGGUCAGAAAUGGCAGAAUAUCGCUACUUAGGUCUUCAACUUUACAUUAGCAUUCUCUCAGAUUCUGUUGAGUUCAGAGACGAGUAUAGCCUUCCAGAAUGGCAACUUCUUUGUGGUAUUGUCAAAAACUUGCCCAGACCAAAACCCUAAGUCUUGUCAUCACCAUCACCAUCACCAUUACCAUCAUAUCUAGACAUCUUCAGGAAGUUUCAUAUCCUAAGCCCUGUGCAACAAUAGCUUGAGGUUGGAUGCCACACUGUUCAGUGCAACUUAUAGUAGUUUAUAUAUAUUGAUGCUUUCUCUAAUAUGUAAUAAUUAGUUCCAUGUAUGAAUUUAAUUCUUUCACUACAUGAUGUUCAUCUUGGAACAGAAAGAAUCUAGUACAAUUGACUGAAUUUGAAUAGACUA